CAAAAAGCAAUAAUUUAGCUCUGCCUUUUUUCUUGUAAUUGGGUUUGAGAAUUGACAUUACUUUGAAGGCUCUGUAAUGAAAUGAAACGUAUUAAUUGAAGCCCACUAUUAUUACAAGUGUUUAGAACUGGCAAGAAAGAGAGAAGAUAAAAAAAAAGGCAGUGUCUUUCACCAUGUCUGAAUUCAUGCCCACUCCUUUUGUCCUCUUUCACUAGAGCAAAAUCUGUUUUGAACCCAACAGCCCAAAGGUGAGAACAAGUUUCCUGGAGACAAAAACUACCUUUGUCUUGCAUGUAUUUACAUGCCCAUCUUUCACUUUUAAUUUGUGCAUCAAAAUGGUCCCCUAACCCACCCACCCCAUCUCUCUAGAAAUCCUUUAAUCAGAAGCCUAGAUACCUAUAUCCAACAAUAAAUCUCCCAACUGUUUACCCAUUGAUUAAACUAGCAUCCCUUUUGCAUUGCAUUGGUUUUCUCAUAUAUACAGUGAUACUAAUCCGAUCAAGAAGUCGGGUUAUAGCAACUUGGUUGAUUCGGAGAAGGUGGUGAUGCAGAUGGGGAAUUUGUUGUUUCCUUGAAGCCCCAUUGUUCGUGUUUUCUUGGUUGCUGCUUUUGUGCGAUUUUUAUCAUCAACAAGCCAUGAAAAAGAUCGAGUCUUUGAGUUUCCCGAUUGUUAUUGUUUGGCUUCUUCAUUCCACUGUGCCGUGCAUUGGACAAGAUGAGAGCUUAGGUUCUCCGAUGAAGAGAGCCGAGCAAGAAGCUUUGUAUAAUACUCUUCAAGAUUUCGUCGGGAAAUGGUGGAAUGGUUCUGAUCUUUAUCCAGAUCCCUGCGGUUGGACCCCCAUUCAGGGAGUUUCUUGUGAUUUGUAUGAUGGAUUUUGGUACGUGACCGAUUUGAGCAUUGGACCUGUUCAUGACAACUCUUUAACUUGUGGUGAAGAUGUGGAUUUCAGCCCCCAUUUGUUUGCACUAAGGCAUUUAAAAUCACUAUCCUUCAUCAAUUGCUUUGUCACGCCGCGCCGCCGCGCCGUCUCCAUCCCCACUGGGAAUUGGGCCGGAACUUUGACCUCGAUCGAGUUCCGGUCCAAUUCCGGCCUUACCGGAGCGGUUCCCGACGUUUUUGGCGGGCUCAGAAAUCUCCAAUCUUUAGUGAUAACGGAAAAUGGCCUAAUGGGGCAGCUGCCUGAGAGCAUUGGCAAUUUGGUGGAGUUGAGGCGUUUGAAUGUUGCCGGGAAUUCCUUCACGGGCAGGGUCCCGGGCAGCAUCGGAGGGCUUAACCGGCUCUUGAUUCUCGAUAUGAGCGGGAAUUCGCUCUCGGGCACCCUGCCCGCCACUCUGGGAAGGCUGACCGCCCUAUUAAAGCUUGAUUUGAGUUGUAAUCAAUUAGAGGGCGAGAUUCCAAUAGAGAUUCGAAAUCUCAAGAAUCUCACCCUUUUAGACCUAAGUGACAACAGACUUAGCGGUGGAUUGGGUGAUUCGAUUGAAGAAUUGAGCUCAUUGCAAGAAUUAGUCCUCUCAAACAAUCCCAUUGGUGGAAACAUAAUGGGCAUUGGAUGGCAAAAAUUGAGGUGUAUUACUGCUUUGGAGCUGUCCAAUAUGAGCUUGACAGGUGGCAUCCCUGAAUCUCUUACACAUUUGAAAAGUCUAAGGUAUCUGGGGCUCAAUGACAACAAGCUAACAGGGGAUAUACCCUCAGAGAUUGCAGCUUUACCUAAUGUUAGUGCAAUCUAUCUCCACGGCAACAAUCUCACCGGCGAGCUUAAUUUCUCGGAGCUCUUCUAUGGCCGGAUGGGGCGGCGGUUCGGGGUAUGGGGAAACCCCAACCUCUGCUAUCAAGUCGAGCUCGAGUCAGCUAGCAACGCUCCCUUUGGAGUCAAACCGUGUCCACAUCAAUUGAUCAAGUAUCUGGAUUCCAACAGAAAUUGGACCCAUCAUCCCUCAUCAUCAAUGGCUUCUUUCGGAUUCAAAAUGUUUGGUGUUAGUGGAUUAGUUUUGGUAGUUGAGGCGUUCUUGGUUUUAGCUUGGCAACAUUUUUAAAAUUGCCCAAAUUCCACGUUGUAUAUGUAAUGGUAACUAGGGAAUCAAGUUAAUUUUAAAACUCAUUAUAAUUCCAACAA